AUGAAUGUCCUGAUUUUAUUUGCCUCAAAUGAAGUAAAGAGUGUGGAUAUUCAAACAGGCGGCUAUGACCCUGGCUCUUGUAGCAAAUCGGAAAGUGGUUCAUUAAAAUUGAUUAAAAAUCGCUUGAACUUUGACAAACUGUUAAUUUGCACCGAGCAAAAUGGAGUUUUUGGUUGGAAAACAACGGACGGUUCUAAUCCCUUUGGCGAAUAUUUCAACCCCGGAUACGACUGUACGGAUAUUCUGAAUAAGAAUUUUGAAGCUAGAGAUGGAUUUUAUUGGAUACAUUUGAAUCAGAGUGUUCCCAGGAGGGUCUAUUGUGACAUGACUACAGACGGAGGGGGAUUUGCGCUAAUUGGUAAACUCGAUAGUUCUGUCACAUGGAAUGCUCCAUCCAGAAACACAACAGUUGAUCCGUUUGGUGAAGCUCAGUGGUCAAGUGAUCUCGGUGACGUUCAAGUUCUUGACUUCAGAAUACAAGUGUCGGCAGAAGAAAAUUUGAUUAAAUCAAAUGCUCACUGGUCCUACAGACUGCGAAAUACACGUCCUCUUAAGAACAUAAUGAUCAUUAAUCAGGGGGGUUGUGGCGCAUCAUCACCAGGCAUUGGUGACAUCGAUUACGUCAAAGACCUCCGGACCGAGAAAAUUGUUACGACGAAAUUCCGUUGCUCACAAUUUGGACUGAAUGUGCAUUAUCGUAUUUCUCUAACGAUAGGAUGGGCAAUGAUAAAUGAAUGCUUCAAAAAACAAUGUCCUUAUGGUUUUACUUUCAACCAAAGAUUUCGUAAUCGAAUGACCACGUCAGGAUCUUUUAGCUACAGCGUGGUAAGCAGUACAUCAGGAAUACGUCAUAAUUCAACCGCAUUCAUCGGCUGUAACAAUACAGUGUGCUGCAGCUGCUCUAGCCCACCAGAUAGCACAGAAGAUCUCUGUGGCACCGAUUGUAAGGCAAAACCUGGAGCAACUUUGAUAAAGCAUGUUUACUCGUGGUACUGGGUGAGGUCAUCUUCUCCAAAAAAAGUUUGGAACAGAUGUCCAUGCAAAAGUUCAGGAUCCAUCGAAGACGACCUGAUACCGCUUAAGCUUAGAGUAAACGCCGCUCUUUUGAAGCUUGCAGCUCGUUUGGAUAACUUGACUCAAGCGCCGGAAACUAAAGAAACUGGUAUUAGAACGUACGCAGUAGAUUGCGCCCAUUAUUACAAGUCAGGUGUGACACAAGAUGGUGUUUAUACCAUCGAUCCUGAUGGACAGGGACCAUUUCGAGUUAGAUGUGAUAUGAGCAGAAACGGUGGUGGCUGGACCGUGUUCCAGAAAAGACAUGAUGGAAGUCAAAAUUUUUACCGUGGAUGGUCAGACUAUAAAGCAGGCUUUGGUGAUCUUUACGGCGAAUUCUGGCUAGGCUCUGAUAAAAUACAUCGUUUGUCCAAAUCUGGUCAAAACGUUUUAAGAGUAAAUUUGAUGGAUUUCGAUCACGUUGAACGAUACGCUAAAUACGGAACGUUUCGUGUGGCUGACGAAUCAGACAAAUACAGAUUGACUAUUGGCAGUUAUUCAGGUAGCGCUGGUGAUUCCCUGGCUCAUCACAAUCAAAUGCAGUUCUCUACCAAAGAUCGUGAUAAUGAUGCUAGUAAUGGCGAUUAUAAUUGUGCUGAAUACUACAAAGGAGCUUGGUGGCACGAGGACUGUUAUGAAUCCAGCCUAAAUGGCGUUUAUCUCGAUGCAAAUCAAUACAGAAACGACACCGGAAUAAGAUGGAACCGAUGGAACCUUUAUUCUUUCAAAAAGACGGAGAUGAAAAUUCGUCCAAAUCAGUUUUAAGAUAUUUCUUCACAACCAUAGAGUAACUAGCGCUGAUUCACUUGCUGUUU